AUGAAUAAGAGUCAUGUUCCCUCUGCAGGCAUACAUGUUAUGAAAAUAGGAGAAAACGUAGGUGAAAUCAUAGAAUUCCCAAUCGAUAAAAAUGUAGGUGAUCAGGAUGAACUCGUGGAUCACAAAGAAAAGAGUUCGCCGAUCGAAAUAUCAAAAUACGCAGAAUUUAUUGAUAUUGACGAUAAAAAUAAAGCAGUUUUAGUCGUAAAACUGCUUUAUAAUCUUGAAACGUUCCAAGAUGCCAAAGAUUUAAUCAAUUCUCUGGAGAAACAAUCAAAAAAUUAUGAAUCUGCAUUACAAAAUAAACCAGAAAUUUGGUUGGAAAAAUACUUGCCUGAAUUAAUGAAGGAAGUAAAAGAUGCGAGAGCUGCUAGAAUGAGAUUGAAGAUAAUAAAGAAGUAG